AUGGCUCUCAAUGUGCCGGGUCUUGUGGUGAUGGCAGCGUUCUACCUGGUGAUCCUGGGUACAGGCGUCUGGGCAUCGCUGCGAUCCAGGAAAGCAGAGAAGAAAUGCCUGGGUGAUGGCAUGGAGAUAACUCUACUGGCUGGACGCAACAUCAACUUGUUAGUUGGCAUCUUUACUUUGACAGCUACAUGGGUGGGUGGAGGCUUCAUCCUUGGUAUUGCAGAGGCAACAUACAAUCCGACCCUGGGAGCAGUGUGGGCCCUCAUGCCUGUCCCAUAUGUACUGACCUUCUUCCUUGGAGGCUGUUUCUUUGCUAAGCCCAUGAGAGAAAACAAAUACAUGACCAUGAUGGACCCCUUCCAGCACAAGUAUGGAAAUGUCAUGAGCAGUGCGCUUAUUUUACCAGCACUGGUGGCCGACGUCCUGUGGGUGGCGCGCACACUUGUCAGCCUCGGUGGAACAAUGCGUGUGAUCCUGGAUCUGGAGUAUGUCUACUCCAUUCUCAUCUCAGCAGUGGUGGCCAUCGUCUACACACUGCUGGGGGGUUUCUACUCUGUGGCCUACACUGAUGUCAUCCAGCUCAUCUUCAUCUUCGUCAGCCUGUGGGUGUGUGUUCCUUUCCUGAUGACCAACCCUCACUCUCUACCCAUCACACAAACUGCCUACAACUACACCUUCCAGCCCGGCUGGGUUGGUACAGUAGAGCUGGACCAAGCUGGCAAAUGGUUUGAUGACUUCAUGCUGCUGGCUCUGGGGGGGUUGGCCUACCAGGCAUUCUACCAAAGAAUCCUCUCGUCCUCCUCCUACUCCCAAGCUCAAAUGACCUGCUUUGCCUCUGCCGUCUUCUGCCUGGUGCUUGGUAUCCCCUCCAUUCUAGUGGGGGCUGUGGCAGCAUCUACAGACUGGAACUCCACCAGCUACGGUUUGCGUACUCCCUACGACAAUAGUCAGGCGGGCGCCAUCCUCCCCAUCGCCCUGCAGUACCUGACGCCCGCCUACGUCUCUGUCAUUGGCAUCGGAGCUGUGGCUGCAGCUGUUAUGUCCUCCAUGGACUCUGCUCUCCUGUCCUCGGCCUCCUUGUUCUCCUCCAAUGUCUACAAGAACAUCAUAAGGAAGCAGGCGUCUGACAAUGAGAUGCAGUGGGUCAUCCGUAUCUCGGUUGUGGCCGUGGGUGUAAUCGGCACCGCUCUCUGCUUUCUGGAAAGCAGUGUCCUGGUCUUCUGGCUGGUGGGUGUAGACAUGUCAUACACCAUCAUGUUCCCUCAGCUGGUCUGCGUCCUCUUCUUCGAGGUUUCCAACAGUUAUGGAGCCAUUCUGGGCUUCCUGAUUGGAAUCAUCAUGAGGAUCAUGAGCGGCGAGCCCCUGGUCAGUUUGCCGGCCGUCAUCCAAUUCCCCGGCUUUCGAGAGAAUAUGGAAGGGAAGAUGACCCAGUAUUUCCCCUUCCGCACCACCAUCAUGCUGACAUCGCUCGUGUCCAUCCUGUUCUUCUCCUGGAUCACCUCCAUCAUCUUCAACAAGGGCCUGCUGCCUGACAAGUUUGAUGUGUUCAACAUUAAGCCCAGGCUAAAGCCAGUCACUACCAGCAGCAAAAAGACGCCCACCUCUGAGAAGGACGAGCGCUCUUUGGCCAUGCAGCUCCUGGAGACCAGCUGCUAAGAGGUGUGGAGAGAGAGAGAGAGAAAAAAGAUGGGUACGUGGAGGUGGCCAUCUUUAAUUAGCUGCCAGGAUAGUGUCCAAAGAGGAGGAGGGGAAACAUCUGCACAGUGGAAACUCUUAGUACAGAUUUUAAUGUGGUCUUGUUGUGAAUUUGUGACAGAAAUACAGAGUUUGGCUUCACUUUAUCUAAUAUUCACCCAGACAGCUGGAAUAAAAGAGUCUUUGAGGCGAAGAGCCAGUCCUGAAGGAAGAAGAAAAAAAUCAACUAAAACCCAUUUUAGAUUGUGGAAUUCAAUCGAUUAUAGUAAAAAGUACAUUUGCUCAGAUUUCACUGAGUAUAAAUUGAGUUCCUGCUUAAAUCCAGAGAAUGACCUCAGAUUCAGAUCUCUUGUCAGAUCUGGAUCCAGUUCCUGUACCUGGUUCUCCUCUCCUCAUCCUCCUCAUCAGUGUGGAUUCACUCACAGUCACAACAGACAGAAGACAAACAAGUGCUUACUAAUAAACAAAUGCACACACUGUGAUUAGCUUCUCCACAACUCCAACCAUCAACAACAGUUGAAACUAUUUUU